AUGACGAGACAUAACAACCGCCUCGCCAAAUUGACCAACGCGAAUAAGACUGAACAUGUGAACCCCCUUGGGGAGAUAAAGGGGAAGAAAAAAGACCCCCUCGUGCCGUCGUCCUGUUCUGUUGGCCUUACUCCCUCAAACGAGUUGCAAAAAUGUACAGAGAAUAAGACCAAUAAAAAGAAAAAAAAAAACUCAAGUGAAAAGGGUCAAGAUGGAAACAAUCCCAAUGCAGAUAUGCUUGGGAGCCAUCCCAGUGAUAACAAUGAAGACGGAAGUGGUGAGGCAGCGGGUGAGGCAGAACAUGACGGCACUGGUGACGACCCUGUUGUGGGGUCUCAGAAGGGGGAAGAGACAGCUGAUCAAACCCUUUCGCCAAAUGACCUAGUGCCAAUAAUAUCGCUACACAAGGAAACCAUUUUAAAUUACAAGGAGAGGGAAGACGUUCCGCACAAGAAGGAGACCCUACUGCGAGGUAGCAACUGUGGAGGGAAACUGCGCGUGGUACAUGGACAGGGUAACCACGCGAGCAGGUCCCUUGACGGGAGAACUAGCCUACGCAGUAAGGCACGCACUAAGCCACGCAGUGAUAGAAGCCGACUAGGCAGCAUCGAAGGGGACGAGGUCGCCGUGCCGCACAGCGCCACAAAAAAGGUCCUAUUCGAGGGAGGCGUCAAAAUAGUGAAAAGUGAGCUGCGUGAAGUUGGCGCAGGAAAUGAGUCAGAUGCUGCACCAGAAGGGGGCGAAUUAAAUGAAGCCAAACCGUGCGAAUCGGACUCGCCAGACGAACCCUCCGCGCGCUCAAGUGACAAAUUGGACAAAGCUGAAUUGAUCAAGGGAGAACCCCCUCCACCACAAUAUGAAAAGUACAAACGGAAAAAGAAAAAAAAAAAAAAAAAAAUAAUAAAGUUCGAAUUAUUUAAAAAAAGUGUCCUCUACUCCAAUUACACUGGCCCAGAUAUUCUCAACGCUCUGAACCAGACCAAAUUGAAUUUGAGUUUUUACCAGCGGGAGGUUGACGAUUUUUUGAGUGUCAUUAGGAAUCUGCAAAAUAUCGUCAUGAUCGAGCGAGAAAAGUACAUGGAGUUGAAGGAAAUGCUCAAGUACACUACGGAGGAAAUAGAAAAGGAAAAUGCAAGGCUCUAUGAAGAAAUUCAUUCAUAUAAAAAAAAAUAUAACCAGCUUAGGACGGUCAUAUCAAAUAUCGGUUAUGGUAUUUUCUUUAAUCUACACAAGAGGGAAGUGCCUACAUGUACCAACAACGAUAAUAUAAAUUUGGAGGGGGGUUAUGGGGAGGAAGGACGUGAAGAAUAUACUGCCGAGGUGAACGAGUACGAUUAUGUCAUGGUGAAUGAGACUGUGUGUUCGGGUAACGGUGGGAACGCUAAGGGUAAACACACCAGGAGGGGAAAGAGCGGCAACACAUCUUCGCUGUUGAAAUACCUCGAUUUUUGA